GGGAGGGGGAGGGAGGGAGAGAGGAGGAGAGAGGAGGAGAGGCAGACGGCACCACUCCUCUGCCAGGAAGAGAAGAGCACAACGGGACCGGACCGAGGGAGGGCACACACGUUCACCCCCACACAGUCACUCCCAUAGAGAACCAUCGGCCAGGUCAACGAGUAGAGGUCAGAAGAAGCUGGUGUGGGACGGGGGCGGAUGCGCCCCCUCUGGCUGGGUACCGUCAGGAGCGCUGAGCCCAGGAGGAGGGGGAGGAGGAGCGGGAGGAAGAGGGGAAGAGCCCCGGAGACCCGGUUCCUCCUUAGGCUGAACCUGUCUUUCAAUGACCAUGGGGGAGUGGACCAUUCUGGAGCGGCUGCUCGAGGCUGCUGUCCAGCAACAUUCUACCAUGAUUGGGAGGAUCCUGCUGACCGUAGUAGUGAUCUUCCGUAUUUUGAUAGUAGGUAUAGUGGGUGAAAAAGUUUAUGAGGACGAGCAGAUAAUGUUCAUCUGUAACACUAUGCAGCCGGGCUGCAACCAGGCCUGCUACGACAAGGCCUUCCCCAUAUCCCACAUCCGCUUCUGGGUCUUCCAGAUCAUCUUGGUGUGUACGCCCAGCCUAUGCUUCAUCACCUACUCCGUACACCAGUCCGCCAAGCAGCGUGACCGCAGUUACUCCAUGCUACACCCCUACAUAGACCACGGUCAUGCAAGUCACCACAGUCGCGGAGGCGACCACCACGCACGCAAGCUGCGCAACAUCAACGGUAUCCUGGUGCAGAACCCCGACAGCGGCAAGGAGGAGCAGGACCUGGAGGUCAAGGAGAUCCCAAAUGUACCCCGGGGGCUCACGCAGGCCAAGAGCGCCAAGGUGCGGCGGCAGGAGGGCAUCUCCCGCUUCUACGUCAUCCAGGUGGUGUUCCGUAACGUGUUGGAGAUCGGCUUCCUGGCAGGCCAGUACUUCCUGUAUGGCUUCAACGUGCCAGGGAUGUUUGAGUGUGACCGUUACCCCUGCGUGAAGGAGGUGGAGUGUUACGUGUCACGCCCCACAGAGAAGACGGUGUUCCUGAUCUUCAUGUUUGCGGUGAGCGGCAUUUGUGUGCUGCUCAACCUGGCCGAGCUCAACCACCUGGGCUGGAGGAAGAUCAAGACGGCCGUCAGGGGUGUUCAGGCCCGCAGGAAGUCCAUCUGUGAGGUGCGUAAGAAGGACGUGUCGCAUGUGUCCCAGGCCCCCAACCUGGGCAGGACCCAGUCCAGUGAGUCAGCCUAUGUCUGACAGAGGCUCCUCCACAUGGGGGACCUGGACCUCUGGACCGAGCACAGAUUUCUCUGGGGAGGAUGAACACUCAAUCCAGCUCCCCCCACCCUGAGGGGCACUAACUUUACACUGCAACAUUAUUCAGGGGUGCAGAGGGACUUCACAUGGUCAUACUGGAGGAUUAUUGGAGAGAAGAGCUUUUUGGACUCUACAGGAGAGAGAAAGUACCUAAAUGGCAGUUGAUUAGAGUUAAGUUAGAUUUAAACUGUUGGGAGUGUUGUGCCUUCCAAGAGAACACACUGGAUAAAGAGGAGAUGGAACUAAUUACUGUAAGAAUAUGAAUUAAGGAUAGUUCAAAUUAAGAAAUAAGUCUCACAUAAAUAUAUUAUCUUUGCCUUUGUGAGAGGUCAAACAUUGUCCCUUCAUUUAUUUAAGUAUGUGUGCAUAUGCAAGAACGUAUGUGUGAGCAUGCAUGCGCAUGUGUGUGUGUGUGUGUGUGUGUGUGUGUGUGUGUGUGUGUGUGUGUGUGUGUGUGUGUGUGUGUGUGUGUGUGUGUGUGUGUGUGUGUGUGUGUGUGUGUGUGUGUGUGUGUGUGUGUGUGUGUGUGUGAGUGUGCGCAAGAGAUAAGGCAGUGUGUAUGUCCUUUGUUCUGCAGAGUCAGAGCAGAGACGAUGGGUGAAGUUGAGUUGCUGAGGGAAUGAAAACAUUCCUUCUUUCCGUUAUUUUCCUUCCCUGCGGCAGAUCCACUAUAAGGAGGAGCCAAGCAGAGGAGAAGCACCUUUUAUCAUCCCCUUAGAAACCCAGAAAAGAAGGCUUUAAAAUGUUUUCAAAAAUCAACACCAAAACUACACCUCAGCACAAACUGGAACCCCCGCCCCCGCCCCCCCCCGCCCCCGCCCCGUCCCGGUCCCCGUCCCCGUCCCCGUCCUCUCCCCAUCCCCAUCCCCAUCCCCGUCUCCGUCCUCUCCCCGUCCCCGUCCCCGUCCUCUCCCCGUCCCUGUCCCCGUCCCCGUCCUCUCCCCGUCCCCGUCCUCUCCCCGUCCCCAUCCUCUCCCCGUCCCCGUCCCGUCCCGCC